AUGUUAGAACUUGGUCGGAAUAUUUCAAUUGAUUCACAUUUAAAUGAAUGGUUUUAUGGAUUUAUGAACAGGUGGAAAGAUGAUUUGAAAUUAGUAAAAGAUGUGAAAUUGGAAAAAGUUCGAUCAACAGCUUGUACAAAGGAAGUAGUCGUGAAAUGGUUUGCUCAUUUAAAAGAUGUUCUGACAACACAUAAUUUAUUCAAUCGUCCUGAUGCUAUAUGGAACGUGGACGAGUCAGGGUUCACCGAUGACCCGGGUCGGAAGCAAGUUGUUGUAACACGAUCAAAUAAACAUCCAACAUCUUCUCAUAGUGGUUCCGGAAAGUCUCAUACUACGGUGCUUAUAUGUGCUUCUGCAAUUGGAGAGUGUUUACCUCCAUAUUUAAUACAUCGUGGUGUUCGUUUGUACGACAUUUGGUGUCCCAAGAACGGAUUUCCAGGCACAAGAUACAAUGUCUCACCAACAGGUUGGGUUGAAGAGCCCAUAUUUUUUGAUUGGUUUUCUCGCCAAUUUUUACCUGCCAUUAAAUCUAUUAAACGACCUGUCAUUCUUAUAUAUGAUGGACACUAUACUCAUAUUUCAACUCGUAUCAUUAAAAUGGCAAUGAAUAAUGAUGUGAUAAUUGAAUGUCUUCCACCUCACACCACCACAAUUUUACAACCACUUGAUCUUGUUACUCUCACCAAGGUCAAGACUGCGUGGCGUCAAUUAUUACGUAAACAUAAUUUACAAACAAAUUCAGCACCAAUUGAUAAGGUCAAAUUUGCAUUAUUGAUUAAAGAAUUAUGGGAAAAUCAUUUGCUAAAAUCCCAUUGUCAAGGAGGCUUUUCCAGAGCAGGGAUUUUUCCCUUUGACCCUCGUGCUGUUUCGACAGAAAAACUACUAUCACCUCCAUCAUCUGUAACUUUACAAAGUAAUCAAACAUCUUCUAUUACACAAUCAGAUACAGAUGAUAUUCUUCAUCGUCAGAAUCACAGUUCCGGGAUACCUCGUACUAUUAAUCGUUCUUCAUCUUGUAUCAAUUUAUCUACUAACGGUGAGUGA